AUGCCCUUGGGCGGAUCAGUUACACGCGGCGUUGGAUCAUCCGAUGGGACAGGGUAUAAAAAAUCGCUAUUGCAAAUGCUCCGACUCCAUGGCCUCAAUGCCCACAUGGUGGGCUCGCGCAAAGAUGGUUCCAUGCCCAACAAUGACCAUGAGGGCUGGCGCAGCUUCAGAAUUAACGAGAUCGAGAGGAAGGCCAGGAAGUCGGUGAAAAGGUUGUCACCACAGAUUUUCAUGGUUAAUGCUGGCUCCAAUGACUGCCUCCAGUCCUUCAAGAUCCCAGAAGUAGGCAAGCGCAUGGGUGACAUGCUCGAUUAUCUUUGGCUAGCCUCCCCUCAGUCCACCAUUCUCCUUUCUACUUUACUUGUCAAUGCGGACAAGGAGGUGGAUUCAGCGGUGAUGCAUGUCAAUGAUCAGUUUCGCGCUUUAGCCAGAAAAAAGGCGACUGAGCAGAAGAAGAUUGUCCUGGUCGAUAUGUACACAUGGGAAGGACCUGAAGUCCAGGACCUUGUUGAUGGCAUACACCCUGAUGACAAGGGUUACCACAAAAUGGCAAGACUGUGGCUCCGUGGCAUACAGGAAGCCUUGCAUAAAGAAUUUAUUGAUGAUUCAAAAUACAAGUUGUUGUCAAUUUAG